AAGCUAAAAAUUGUAAUGGUAAAAUUCAUUUAUGUACACAUAAAGAAUUGUAUGGUUUAUUUAAAAAAUUAAAUAAUGAAAUUAUAGAGAAUAUUAAUAGUAAUGGUAGUGUACAAAUUGAAAAUAAUGAUAUUACUAAUUUUUCUUUAAAUUAUUCUGGUUUUAGUAUUAAUUGUGAUCAUGAAAUUGAUAUGCCUGAUUCACCAUCAACAGAAAUUAUUGAAAAUAAUAAAUUACAUAUAGUUUUUUUUCAUAUAAUUUAUUCAGAUAAACCAGAAUUUUGUAUUUACAAACUUAAUAAUGAAUACAUUACUUGUGAAAAAACUUCUAAAAAAAAUGAAGAUGUGAUUAGUAAUAAAUUGAAUCAAAAGUUUUCUUUUAAUUCCAGAUUUGAUGAUAUUGAAUCUAUUCAUGGUAGAUUUAAAUUAUAUGGAUAUUUUUUAAAUGAACUUGAGUUUGAUAUUUUGAAUAAAAGAAAAAUGGAUAAAUUAAAUAAAAUAGAAUUAGAUGAAAUUAUUAGUAAUUUUAAUUUACCAAUUACAAAUACUAUUCGAACAAAAAUUACCAAUUUAAUAUUAGCAAAGAAUCAAAAAUAUUAUGAGAAUAUAUAUAAUAGUAAAAAAAGAAAAUUUGAACAUGAAAUAGAAUUAUUUGAACAUACUAAAAAUAAAAUACUUAAAGAAAUUAAUAGUGAAAAUCCAUAUAUGACUAUUAAUGUAGUAGAAAAAAUUGAAAUUACAAAACGAACAAGUCCAUUUAUUUUUGGAAUU